GAAAAAAAAUCCAAAAGAACUGUUAUCGAUCGAGGCAUGAAUGUGCAAAGAUGGCAGGGAAAACAUUUGAAAGCAUUUUCCUGCUUGAAAAAUAUCGAAUUCCUUUAUCGCUUCAGGAACAUGGGAUUCAGACCCUUGGGUGUAAAUCUCCUCAAAAAAUUUCACAAUUCAUCGGCACGAUCCAUUCCUCCAUCAUUUGCCCACAAGAAAGCGGUGUACCCUUUGAUUCCUCGGUUGUACGAUCGAUCUUCCCCCUACCCUGAAAAUCAUAGCUUAAAGAUCUCUAAGAGGUGGCAUGUCGGUCAUUCUCAUCACCACCACGAGCAAACCAGUCAAGAAGGCGAGAGGAUUUUCAGGCUCGGACUACUCUCCGAUAUCGGGUUAACUGCCGGCAAAGUAUUGACGGGUUAUUUGUCCGGUAGCACCGCCAUCAUCGCCGAUGCUGCUCAUUCUCUCUCCGAUGUGGUGCUUAGUGGUGUUGCUUUGGUAUCAUUUAGAGCUUCAAGGGUUCCCAAGGACAAAGAACACCCAUAUGGGCAUGGUAAGUUUGAGACUUUAGGCGCACUUGGAAUUUCUGGCGUGCUUUUGGUAACAGCUGGGGGUAUUGCAUGGCAUGCUUUGGAUGUUUUAGUGGGGGUACUGUACUCAGCAGCUUCUGAUCAACAUGUAGGUGGGGGGCAUGGGCAUGGGCAUGGCCAUGAUCAUGGGAUUGACAUGAAUCAUCCUGUGCUGGCUUUGAAUACUACUAUUGUUGCAAUUGCUGUUAAGGAAGGGUUAUAUUGGAUAACAAAGAGGGCAGGAGAGAGGUCUGGCAGUGGAUUGAUGAAAGCAAAUGCAUGGCAUCAUCGUGCAGAUGCUGUUUCAUCACUUGUUGCUCUUAUAGGGGUUGGUGGGUCUAUUCUUGGGGUGAGGUUUCUUGAUCCCCUUGCUGGGCUUGUUGUCUCUGGCAUGAUCCUAAAGGCUGGACUACAAACUGGUUACGAGAGUAUUUUGGAGCUGGUGGAUGCUGCAAUACCAUCUCAUCAUUUGGACCCAAUCAGAAAGACAGUGUUACAAGUCAAAGGAGUGGAGGGAUGCAGACACAUUAGGGGAAGGAGAGCUGGUUCAUAUCUGUAUCUUGAUGUAAAGAUCCAGGUUGAUCCCUUGUGUAGUGUGAGAACAGCACAUGAAAUUGGUGAAACUGUUCGUUACCAGAUUCAGAGUUGCCAUCCUCAUGUCUCUGAAGUCUUCAUACACUUGGAGCCUAACAAUACUACUACUACUCAUGUCCAGCAACAAGAAGAAAAUAGUAGGAUUGAAGAAAUGAUUACUAAUACGCUCACUUCCAACUUCUCUCAGAAAAUGGUUGUGAAGCAUGUAAGAAAACAGAAAUUGGAAGGCAAGAUUUUGGUCCAAAUCGAGGUUUCCAUGCCACAAGAUAAGACUAUUAGUGAUGCAAUCAAAGUGGCAGAAGAAGCCAAGCGCCAUAUCUUGCAGUUGCAGGACACCUCCGACUCUAACCCUACUAACCCUAUCCCUAUCCCUACGCAGGUUCAGGCAAAACCAGUUAAUUCACCAACUUUUUUUUACAAAAUAUGUACUUCUGUUGCAUUUAUACUGAUGCCAUAA